GGCCUCACUGAUCCAGUUAGUCCCAACAGUGUGCUGUUCUGCAGCAGAGAGCAGCUGUGAUUAGGGACAAUGCAGCUGUGGUUUGAACAGUCAACACUGCAAGUACCUGCAAAAUUUAACACAGCAGUGUGAAUUCCCCACUCAGCAGACUGUAGAACUGGAAGAUUAGAAAUUUUACAGGAAAAAACAAUAAAAAACAACCAAGUUUCCUCCCCUCACGUGUUGGAGCAAAAUCAGGAGGUGAAGAAACCUGCUCAGUUCAUGUUGCAGAGGGUGGAGAAGCAGAGCUGGCAACCACGCAGAUCAGGAGGGAAGAGUGGGGGACUACGCUGAAUGGAAAAGUAAAAGCAGGAGUUUACAGCUGAAGAGGACAAAGUGAGCUGUGGAGAGCCGGCGGAGCAGAGUGGCAGCAGAACCGACUGUGGGCGGAGAGCGAGGAAGUGCGGUCAACAGGAGAGGAAUUUAAAGUCUCAUUGUUCUGGAAGAGCGGCGGCAGACGGAGUCGAGGAGCCGAGGAGACAGCUCACCGACUGACGUUGGACUACAUGGACAUGAACUCAGACAUGGAGAAGAUGUCCAUAAAGCAGACUGCAGGAGGUGCAGGAGGAGGAGGAGGACGUGCAGCAAUCUGUCUCAUAUGUAAGGAGAGCUGCUCUGGUUUUCAGCCACAUACUUGGAGAAAAGCCUGCACGGUGUGUGGCUGCAGCACGGUCGACCACGCUCCUGGAAAUGACCUGGAAGACGACCAGCGAAUAGGACGCCUGCUCGCAGACUCGCCCUGCUCCCAUUUGACAGCGAAGAUUAAAGGAGGUGGUGGCCUUCGCAUGUACAAGAGAAACCGAAUGAUCGUCACCAAUCCGGUGGUGUCACGCAAAGACCCGACCUUCAACACCACCACAUAUGACUGGGCUCCUGCCGGCCUCAACCAGAAACUGGCCAUGCAGUACAUGGAGCUCCUCCCAGAGAGUCAGAGGCCGGUCUCAGGGACUGUUGGAGCGUUGGAGCGACGCAGGCAGCUCCUCAUCCAGCUCCCCGCCUACGAUCAGGACCCCAUGAAGUGUCAGAGCCUGGCCAGUGAGGAGGAGAUUUCCUCCAUGCUGCUGUUUGUGAAGCAGUACAAACAGGAAGUGCUGGGAGUAGGAGAGGUGGCCUUACCCGGUGAGGGUGAAGCUUUGAGGGAGGCAGCCAUUCAGAGGACAGCAAAGGAGGUGAAGGAAGACAGCAGCAGCAAUAAGAAGGAUGCUCCUCAGCAUCAGGGUCACGGUUCAUCUAACAGCAGUGUCGCCUCCCCCACAAAUGGGACAGAAUACAACAACAAGACUGAAUAUCAUUGCACCGGCUGUCAAGGUGAAGUUACCAAGGACAGUGCAGCUGUAUAUGCAGAGCGUGCUGGUUACCACGCUGCCCUGUGGCAUCCCAAAUGCUUUGUAUGUUCAGAGUGCAGCCAGAUGUUGGUUGACCUGGUCUACUUCUGGUCCAAUCAGAAGCUGUUCUGCGGACGACACUAUUGUCAGAGACAGUGGCCACGGUGCUCGGGCUGUGACGAGCUGAUUUUCUGCCAGUCUUUUCUCACAGCGAAGGAUGGACAAGCAUGGCAUCCUCAUCAUUACUGCUGCUGGAAAUGCGGGCAAACCCUGGAUACACCCUGUCAGCACUGAUUCACCAUGUGUAGGAGUCACUACAAAAUACGGUGUUCAAUUUUAAGUUUAAAAAAAUAAAUUAAUCAACAAAUCUAAAAACAAAUCAAUAAAAUUAGUACAUCUGUUUUUAUAUAAAAAGAAAAAAAUGGUAUAGUUUAAAUACUAUAAAUGGGGCUAAAAGUCUUUAAGUCAUAUGUUCACUUGAUAUUUUAGCAAAUCUUCUUUCCUACAAAAACACAGCAGCGGAUUUAUUAUUGUUUGAAAUACUUCAGCUGAUAUUGAUGUGAACUCUGACUUAUUCAGAUUACUGGUAUUCGUAGUUUUUAAGGAGCUGUUUGGUUUAUACAAAAGUGCUUUAAGUACUUCAGCAAACAUUUUGUUGAUGUAUUGGCACUUAUAGCAUUGACAGUAACGGGAAACAGAUGUUCUGCAUUUAGCCUGCAACUUCUUACAAAAACCCAGAGCUGAAGUUUCAGCUAACAAAUGAAUAAACUACCCAGUAACUGAAGAAUGUUGAAGUUAGCAUGAAUAAGUAAAUAACUAAAUAAAAUGCCAUCUCGUCCUGUUUGAGAAAAUUUCUAUUCUCACUCAUUUUCAUGAGAGACUUGUUGGUGUGUUUUUUGCAGAUUUGAGUCAUGUGUCUUUAGUUAAACUUCAUCUGGUGAGGUCAGUAAUUAUUUGAAAUUGUCUCAAGAAAUCAUGGAUGUUGAUUCCUCUGGAUUUUUUUUUUCUUAGCACAAACUGUGUCUCUGGGUGAAAUAAUCAUAAUUUCAAAAUAUGAGUUUGUGUUGAAAAAUAUUUUUUUGUGUUUUGUGUUGUUGUCCUUGUAAUUCAGCCGGGGUAAGACUGCUGCAGUCAUUAAACUAUUGGAGCGUUAAAACAGGGUCAAGGGGCAGAACAGUGUGUAAAAACAAUGUGACGCAGCCCUACUCGAUACUGUUGUAGUUUGUGUUUUGAAGGGUUACACUGAAAAAUUAUUUUGUUAUGAAGUCAUUUCUGCCUGUGAUCAAAGUCCUUAAAAUUUUAUUUUCUCAGAAAAAGUGAGUCUGCACAUUUGUGCAAAAAGGAUAUUUCAGAGUAACAUGGAACUGUUUUUUUUAAUAUAUUCUACUUUAAUAGUCAGCUUUAAAUGUCUUGAUGCAUGCUCAAUCAUCCAGGUAAAUAAAUCCAAAAAGGUUGAUUCUGUUCAUCUGGAUGUAGCGUUUUCAGUGGGAGAAAUGUUUGGUCACUUAGAGCAAGUCACUUGGAUGAGUGACAAAAUAUUUCUCCCACUGAAAAUGCUACAUCCAGAUGAACAGAAUCAGCCUUUUGGCAGUCAGCUUAAACUUCCUAAACUGACAGUAAUUUAUAGAAAACAUGCAAGUUGAAUAAGAAAUGAUCAGUUGAGAUAAUUUGAUAAUUUAAACUUCAUCUUAAUACCAAAUUAACAAAGGGUUAUCUAACUUACUAACUUAUCUAACUAGGUCAGGUUUUAACUUUAGCUUUUAGUUUUGGACUGAAGCCUUGUAAAAACUGGACAGGCAUAAGGCUGGAAAGAGGUAGCACUAAUUAAUAAAAUAACACUUGGAUUUAAAAAAUUUUAGUUAAAUAACUUUUUCAUAACCACGAUUUUAGUAUUGAUUUAAAUAUCUGCUAAUACUAUAUCUGUAAUGUUUUUGUUAUUUUUAUUCUUUCUCCAUGUUGUGUUAAAUGUGUUUGAUUUCAAGAAACUGCAGAUUCAGUAAUCAUUUAAUCUCUUAUAAAUUUAAGUUUCUGCUGUUGCUAAAUGCUGCUUUAUGCUGUUCCUGAUAAUUAGUUCCUGAUUUUCCUAUAUAUUUUGAAAGCUUCAUAAAUGUUAAAAUCUUUUGUGACAAUUUUAAACUGAGAGGACACUACUGGAGGUCAAUAAAGCUACAAAGUUAGUUGGCCACGUGUUAAACUCUGCAACUGCAUUUUAAGUCCAUUCAAGGUUAAAAACGAGGAGGGGGAAAUAGGAUUUUGUGACAUUAAAGUCAGAAAUAUAUAAGAAAAAUCUCUCUGACAUACAGUAGUUUACAGAUAAAACCCAAAUCCUAAAUUUCUCUUUUUUGGGAUUCGUUUUUCUCUUUUCAUGUAGGCUACAACCAGCUAGCAAAGUAGCACUAGCUAACAUUUUGCCUUUAUGGUCAAUGGCCUGCAUUUGUAUAGCGCUUUACUCAGUCCCUAAGGACCCCAAAGCGCUUUACACUACAUUCAGUCAUUCACCCAUUCACACACACAUUCACACACACGUUCACACACACACAUGUUAUGUAUGUAUUUUAUCAUUUAACUGCUAGCAGUAUUGUUUGAGUUGAUGUAGCAUAUAAAUAAUAGACAGUACUGUCAAUACUGAAUACCGAUUCCUCUCACUGAUUCCAAUAGUAGUAGUAGUAGUAUUCUAAUAGCUAAUGUGUUUAGCCUAGCAUGGUGCAAAAACUGGAAGCUGAGGGAAGCUGUUGGCCCAACUCAGUUAGUCAUUACACCUCUGAAUUAUGCAGAAAAAUAAGAUGUUAAUCUUUCUCUGGAUAAAUGAGCAACAAAGAUUUAUAUAUAUAAAAAAAAUCUGCUUUAUCAAGUAAGUAAAGUUAUAAAGAUAUGAUGAAAAAGAGAAAGCCCACUAUGUUUAAUGCCGUUUUCAGUUAAAUAAAAUAAAUGAAUAAGU